AUGAUAGCGAGAUUUCAUCAUUAUGUGUAUGGAUACACAGCGACGGUGCAAACAGAUCACAAACCAUUGGUCAGCGUGUGGAAGAAAUCCAUAGUGUGUAACUCACCACGCCUUCAGAGGCUAUUGCUGAGACUAUCUCAGUAUGACGUAAACAUUGAAUACCUGAAAGGGAAGGAUAAUGUCGUAGCUGACGCACUGUCCAGAGUAUCUCCUCAGCCAACACCUAAAGAAGGAGAAGACGAGGAAGAUUUCAUCCCAGUUCACAUGCUCACAGAGGAAAUCCCCGCCGAUUCUACGAGAGUUGGAGAUUUCAGACGCGCAACUGCAGAAGACACUAUUUCCGGCUUACUGAUGCAAGUGGUAGCAAAUGGAUGGCCUGAAUUAAAGAAAGAUUGCCACCCACUUCUUGUAGACUACUGGAGCUACAGAGAAGAGAUCAGCGCAGAGAAUGGUCUAUUGUUCAAAGGCCAUCGACUCAUAGUUCCUGAGAAAUUGCGUAGCAGAGUCCUCCAAACCAUCCACGAAGGUCAUUUUGGUUUUGAGAAGAUGCAACUAAGAGCCCGAGAAGCAGUAUUCUGGCCAGGAAUAACCUCAGAUUUACUACAGACAGCACAGGGUUGUGAAGUGUGCCAGACGUUCUCGAGGAGCCAACAACGCGAGACAAUGUUGUCCCAUGAAGUUCCUCAAGGACCUUGGGAGAAGUUAGGAAUUGAUUUCUUCGAGUUUCAGUCUACUACCUACCUCCUGAUAGCAGACUACUACAGUAGGUUUCCCGUGAUCCGGAAGGUACGCAGCACCAAUGCAAACACUACCACCGAGAUUUUGAAGCAAGUGUUUAGCGAAUAUGGAGUACCUCAAACCGUUAUGACAGACAACGGUCCCCCGUUCUCGUCGAACGAAUUUGCAGCUUUUGCAAACCAAUACCGAUUUGACCACAUCACGUCUAGCCCUCGUUACCCGCAGAGUAAUGGUUUUAUCGAACGUAUGGUGCAGACGGUCAAGCAGUGCAUGAGAAAAUGUGCAGCCGCAGGACAUGAUGCAAACUCAGCUAUGUUGGUCUACCGAGCCACACCCCUUACUACCAGCAUACCGUCACCUGCAGAGCUAUUGAAUGGACGAAAAUACAGAGCAUUACUUCCAACCAAAUCCCCUAUCCAGAAUCCUCAUUACCAGGUUGUCCGAGAGCAAAUGGUGAAAGACAAGAACAAAGUGUGCGAACACUACAACAAAACUGCAAGGGAUCUAACUUCAUUGCCACAAAAUCAGAGAGUGUACGUACAGGUUCACCCCCAACAUAACCAGUGGACUCCAGCAACCGUUACCAAAACGCCAGUAGCGUCUCAACCGAGAUCGUACAGUGUUGAAACUACUAAGGGAGCCCAGUUAGUGAGGAAUCGUCGCUUCAUUCGUCCAGCACAAGAGAUUACUCCCGUUCCUGCCGAUAGUAUGAAGCGUGACGAUAAUAGUAGCAGUGGACGACCAAGACGUGUGAUUACAAGACCUAAAAGACUUAUAGAGACAAUUUAA